UCUCUCUCUCUCUCCGUAAUCGAAACUGAUAAAUGAAUCAGAAUAAACAAAAGCAGUUCACGUCCGACACAGUUGGUAUUCGGUAGAUAGAAGAUGACCACAUGAUGAGUGCUCUCUCUCUCUCCUCUUUUUAAGAGCCGCUUCGUACGGCGAAUCUCCGGCCACAUUCCCCAUCGGAAUGCCACAUUCCGGCGACAUUAUCGCAGCCACGACUAUACUACUCUCUACGUUCUCGCUCCUCCUCACAAGAUGCUCUUUGGUUGAUCUCUGUAUACAAGCCCUGGAUUUGAGUUCGUUAGAUUGGUGUGAUGUAAUUGAUACUUGUUCCUGACUCUUGCUUGGGGCAAAAUGUGGAGCAUUUAAACAAGGUUUACACAAACAGACUCGCAUUAAUUUCCAUAAUGUGUUGAAAUGAAUGGGAUUCAGAACGGAAGAGCUCGCAAUCUUGAGAAACCCUUUCCAGGAUGCUUGGGAAGAAUGGUGAACCUCUUUGAUUUGAGUACAGGUGUCCCAGGAAACAGGCUGCUCACAGACAAACCACAUCAUGAUGGUUCGCCACUCUCAAGGAGCCAAUCAGAUUCAGCUAGGACGAGUCCUAUUGGUGAUCCAAUAGAGGACAAAGUGAUAGUGUCUGAGCUGAGAAAUGCUUCAAAUAGAAGAUCAAAUGGAACACCCAUGAAAAUGCUCAUAGACCAGGAAAUGUCAAAAGAAGUGGAGUCCAAGCAUAAUCCUCCCAGUGUGGUCGCCAAGUUGAUGGGGCUUGAUACCCUUCCACGGCAACAGUCUGAUUCUGCUGCGCAAAGAAGUCAUUCAAGAGACUAUGCACGAAGUCAUUCAGGUAUUCCUUUGGCUUAUUGGCAGCAAGAACAUGGAUUGGACAUGCAAAUGCAACGUGAGAUCCAUCAGUGUCCAGCGCAUAAUGAGUAUAAGGAUGUUUAUGAAAUAUGGCAGCAAUCACAGAAAGGAAGUUAUGUAAGAGAUAAAUCACCACAGAAAGGAAGGUAUAAUGAGAAUACAAAUGAGAAAAAGAUGGCUUUAGUUCGUCAAAAGUUCAUCGAAGCAAAACGCCUAGCCACAGAUGAAAAACUUCGCCAAUCCAAACAAUUCCAAGAUGUGUUGGAAGUUUUAAGUUCUAACAAAGAUUUAUUCGUUAAGUUUCUGCAAGAACCAAAUUCUCUGUUCUCUCAGCAUCUGUAUGAUUUGCAGCAUGUUUCCCCACCUCCUGAGACUAAGCGCAUCACUGUUCUUAAACCUUUGAAGAUGAUGGAUAAUAACAAAUUUUCUGGAUCAGGGAAGAAGAAUGAGAAUCAGAUAAAGAAAGGAUCCCACACGGGUCAGGUGAUUGGAUGGGAUAAAAGCAAUACUGGUCUUUCCCCCCCUAAUUGGCGAAUCGAUGAUAAUCCUACUCAGCCUACUCGAAUAGUCGUAUUAAAACCUAGCCCUGGUAAGCCUCAUGACAUAAAGGCUGUGGUUUCUCCACCUUCUUCAUCUCCAAGAGUAUUACAUGGUGAAGAAUUUUAUGAGGAACCAGAAGAUAAUGAAGCGCAAGAAUCAAGAGAAGCGGCGAAGGAGAUCACAAGGCAUAUGCGUGAAAACCUGAUUGGGCAUCGAAGGGAUGAAACCUUGCUUUCUUCCGUGUUUUCUAAUGGCUAUAUUGGUGAUGAAAGUUCCUUUAACAAAUCUGAAAAUGAAUAUGCAGCGGGGAACCUCAGUGACUCUGAAGUCAUAUCACCAACUUCUAGGCAUUCAUGGGAUUACAUCAAUAGGUUUGGUAGCCCUUAUUCUUCUUCGUCCUUCAGCCGUGCAUCUUGUUCCCCAGAGUCAUCAGUAUGUAGAGAAGCAAAGAAGCGGCUAUCUGAAAGAUGGGCCAUGAUGGCAUCAAAUGGAAUUUGUCAAGAACAAAGACAUGUACGAAGAAGCUCUAGUACUCUGGGGGAGAUGCUUGCCCUGUCUGAUAUUAAAAAUGUACAAUCUGAGCAAGAGGGCAUUAAUAAAGAACAAGAACCAAGGGGAUCAGCUUCAUGCUCGGCUAGUGGUUUGAAUUUGGAUGAAAAUGUGGGUAAUUCUCCUAGGAGUCUUUUGAGGUCAAAAUCUGUUCCUGUCUCUUCUACUGUGUUUGGGGGCAGUCCAAAUGUAGAAGUUUCAGGUCCAGUUGGUAAAAUUGAUGUUCCCAAGGGGGCAGCUAAGGUACAGAGUGUGAAAUCAUCAUUCAAAGGGAAAGUUUCGAGUUUAUUUUUCUCAAGGAAUAAAAAAUCUAGUAAAGAAAAAUCUAGUGCUUCUCAAUCCAAAAAUGAAUCUCAAAAGUUUUCUGGAAUGUCUUCACACACCCCUGGAAAACUUGGUGAUGGAACAUCACAAUGUGAUAAUGAUACUGGGAUUGAAGAGGGUUCGUUGCCUACUUUACAGGGAUCAUCGAGCAAAACAUUGUUGCCAGAUUUGGUUGGCAUGGGACCAAAGCAGGGCAUAAUCUAUCCUGAGGCUGGAUUGUCCAUUACAAAGCCUGUCGUCCUUGGAAAUUCUAGUGAGAGCCUGGACCAGCCAAGUCCAAUCUCAGUAUUGGAACCACUGUUUGACGAGGAUGAUAAUAUUACAGCAAAGUCUUGUGAUGUCAAGCCAGACAAUCAUGGAGCAAAGCUGGUUUCUCAUUCUAUUAAAUCCAACCUGAUUGACAAAUCACCACCCAUAGAAUCAAUGGCUCGGACUCUGUCGUUGUCCAGUGUAGAGACAGCCACUUCUUACCCACUGAAACCUUCAUCGGUCUCCCAAGGAACUGAGGAGGUAGAACGGGAAUGGCUCUUCUUUGCCCAAACCUUAUUAUCAGCAGUUGGCCUCGAUGGUGAGGUACAGUCCGACUCAUUUUUUGCCAGAUGGCACUCACCCGAAAGCCCAUUGGACCCAUCAUUGAGAGACAAAUAUAUUGAAGUGAACGACAAGGAGAUAAUCCAUGAGGCGAAGCGAAGGCAAAGGAGAUCAAGCCGGAAGCUGGUAUUUGAUUGUGUGAAUGCAGCUUUAGUGGAAAUCACAGGGUAUGGGUCGGGGACAAGCCCAAGGGCUACUACGUGUGGGUUGGGGGUCCACAACAGGAUAUCAGAGGCUGGUGGAUCAGCCAUAUUGGUGGAUGAGGUGUGGGACCGGAUGACAGAGUGGUUUUCGAGUGAGUGCGAGGUGAGGUGUGUUUGGGGUGAUGAUGGUGGUGGGGACAGUAACAACCUGGUGGUGGAGAGGGUGGUGAGGAAGGAGGUAGUUGGGAAGGGUUGGGCUGAGCAUAUGAGAUUGGAAACAGAUGAUAUUGGGAAGGAAAUAGAAGGGACGUUGCUGGAAGAGCUUGUGCAAGAGGCUGUGGUUGAGUUGACAGGUAGGGUGUGAUGAGGCUUUUCUUCUAUUUUAAUCUUAUCUCUCUCUCUUUCUUUAAUUUUUUUUUUCCCUCUUUAAUUUAUAACUAUUAUUUGUGUAUUAUUAUUAAAAUCUUUUGCAACGAUGAUGGUGCCGACCAUGGUUAUUUUUUUAAUGCUUCAAAAUUGUUGCAAAUGUGUACUAUUUGUUUUAUCAUAUCCAUAAGUUUUUAUACUUGCA